CUCGCAGGAAGUGACGCCAUCUUGACUCACCUGCAGGAGCUAAUUAGCAGGAGCAUCCUCCAUCUUUAUGAACGCAGACACACUCCAUUACCUCUGAGGCGGCACAGCUGGACGCCCACAUCCUCCGCUCCUUCACUCCACGAGCAAAUGUUAGUCCAGAACAAGUCGUGUCGUGAUUAAAGACGCAGUAAUUGGACUGAUCAGCGAGCGUCCUGUGGAGAAGAGAUGGGAAGAGGCGGCCCCGGGGAAAGGUUGUAUCUUUGGUUUGGCAUCGCGAGGUGAAGAUGCUCCGCUCUGAGGUGCAGGUGAUUCUGGUGGCUGUGCUCUCCUCUGGGCUGCUGGUCAGCGGCGCUCCAGGCAGGGACAUGCAGACGGGAAGACCGAGAGCAGAACUCACAAAUGACAAGGCUCUCGCUCACUUGCUGCUGUUGCAGUUUGUCUCUGAGCUGAUGGCGACAAGAGUAGAACAGAUGCUGCCCAAGCUGGAGGAGGAGGAGGAGGUGGAGGAGGAUGGGGAGACGGGAGGAAGAGUGGAGGUGAUGCGGCGGCACCUUCCACUCUCUCAAAGAGAACGCAAAGCAGGCUGCCGCAACUUCUUCUGGAAGACGUUCACCUCGUGUUAACACCAAGAGAAGAGCUGGAAUAGUUUGUGUGAAUAUUUUUAAGAUUAGAUUCAUCCAUGUUUGUCCCUUUUUGUUGUAACCACUGCAAGAUGUCAAAUAUACAGGUUUUGGUGAUUGUAAACAAUAAUGCGGAUGUAUGUUUUAAAGACUGGCAGGGAUGUUCACAGUAUAUGACACAUAUGAACUAAA